AUGCCCGGCUCCAACCCACCGGACGGUGAGGGACCGUCGCAGGCACCCCCUCCCAGCAAUGACGUCUCCACGGAGUCGGCGGGCACAGAGGUAAGAGGGGAACAAAGUUUUUUUUGUGGGAGAAAGUUAAGGAUAAGGAAAUCCGGAAUAGGUAUUUGUUACCGCGCUAUUUGGAGGGAAUUAAAGACCUGCUUUGAGUAAUAUUUGGUCUCUGGAAAGAGGUUGUGGAUAAAGUAAGGCAAAGGGAGAAAAAAAAUAAGGAUGAACUACAGUGACGGACCUGAUCCAGUGGCAAAAAACGUACCAUUUUGCAACCAGGAAGUAUCGAAAAAUGUGGCAAAAUACCUCCCUCUCCAAGUGAAAAACUCAGAUUUCAAAAGCGCGCCCGCUCUUUUUGUGAGGAAGAGGGCGCCUUUCAAAACGAAGUUUUCACUUGGAGAGGGAAGCAUUUUGCCAGAUUUUUGAUACUUCCCGGAUGCGACGUGGUACGUUGUUUGCCACUGGAUCAGUUCCCCCACUGUAGUCGAGCCGAAAAUUCACUAGAGGUUUUUACCGUCCCUGGACUUGUUCUAGCCGACAAAAAUACCGAAAAAGUGAUCAGAAGGAGUCGAUUUUGUAUCGAAAAGUAUCAUAGAGACAGGAGAUUGUUGGUUAUUAAGAGCGAAGGAGUUUAUCCGCGAUUAAAACCUGAAUUUUUCUUUUCUUGACCAACAUUCUUUGUCUGUCUUUCUGAUACUUUUUGAUAGCAUCCCUGCAACCUUCUGAUCUCUUUUUCGUUUUUUUUGUCGUCUAGAACAGGUCCGGAGACGGUGAGAAUGUCUGGGAAUUGUCGGCUCAACUUGUCCAUCCUUGAAUUUUAAGCCUCCUCUUGCCCUUUCUUUGUCCACAACCUCUUUCCAUAGACCAGGAAAGCUUUGUGGUCUAUUUUUGACUAUGAGAGUGUAAGGGGAGAUUUUUGAACCCAUUACCUAAUUAAGUGAAUUUAAUUUCACCUCAAUUCCAGGGUCAGAACGGAACGGUGACCGCCGGCACUUCCUCAACGACGGCCACCUCCUCGUCGGCCAACCAGGCCGACCCCCCACCCGCAAUACCAAUCCCCGUCGAGACGGGUCCUUCCCUCUUCCCGCAAUAUGGAUCAGUCCGUGCCGAAGCCGCCUUCGCCGUCGCCACGAAUACACGGCCCGAACGGAGGAUUCAAUUGCGAUUAUUCGACAUUAAAAUACAUGGAAAUGGGUCUUUUGGAUGGGUAAGGAAGAGGUUUAUAUAUUGAUUUAGGCAGCUUUGAAGAAAUUAAAAAAAAAAAAAAAAUUUUUUGUCAGUUUGUUGAAUUAAUUGAUGUUUUCUUUUGAGUUAAGGUUUGUAGGCCGAUUCUUGAUAGAAAUUUUGAUUCGGUUUUGGAGUUUUGACCUUAAUUUACCUUGUUUUAGGUCUACGUAGCGAGAACGGAAUCCGGUGAGAAGUUGGCCAUAAAGAAGGUCCUGCAGGACAAUCGCUACAAGAAUCGCGAGCUUCAAAUCAUGCGCCGACUGGAUCAUCAGAAUGUCGUCAAACUCGACUACUUUUUCUAUCAUAAUCAGGAUCGCGAUCAGAACAAGGUCUACCUAAAUCUGGUCCUCGAAUACAUGCCGCAGACGAUCUACCGCCUCACCCGGCAUUACACUCGACAAAUGCAACACAUUCCAAUGACUCUAGUCAGAGUUUACUCGUAUCAGGUGAGAAUUUUGACAUGGUGGAUGUAAUUUUAGGUAUUAAAAGUGGAUAAAAUGGUUUUUACGGAGAUUGUUGGAAGUUUAGUGGUUGAUUUUGGCUCGAAAUUUUUUAUUGAGGCUUGGAGUAAUUUUUUGUAAAGCGAUUUAGUGAUUUUGGAGAUGUUUUUACUAAAUUAUCCAUCAUGGUUAACAUCGAUUUUCAAACCGAAAAAUUUCAGUUAUUCCGCGCCCUUGCCUACAUCCAUUCGAUCGGCGUCUGUCAUCGUGACAUUAAACCCCAGAACCUGCUGAUCGAUCCCGAGUCGGCGGUCCUCAAACUUUGUGAUUUCGGAUCGGCGAAGUAUCUGAUCCGCGGCGAAGCCAAUGUCUCAUAUAUUUGCUCAAGGUACUACCGAGCACCCGAACUCAUCUUCGGCUCCACGCAUUACACUAACAGCAUCGACGUGUGGUCGGCGGGCACUGUUUUGGCCGAACUCAUCAUAUCUCGACCGGUGUUCCCGGGCGAUUCGGGUGUGGAUCAACUCGUUGAGAUUAUUAAAGUAUGUUUUUUAUUGCUUUUGUUGUUUUCGAUUUUAGGUAGAAGAUCAGGGAGGUAUUAUGAGGUGGUGGAGGAGACUUUGUCCAGAAUUGUCAGAUUUUUCGAAUUUUUGUUACCUAAAAUUACAAAAAGGUCUUGAAAUAAGAUUUGGAAUGUUGAAGAGUCCAGUCAUUGAUUCUAAAUAUCACUUCGACUCUUUUCAGGUAUUAGGCACCCCCACCCGAGAGCAGAUCCAGCAAAUGAACCCCCAUUACCGUGAAUUCCGAUUCCCCGCAAUUCGCGCCCACCCAUGGAGCCGCAUCCUCCGACCGGGAGCCCCGUCGGAGGUUGUGGACCUCGUCUCCAAACUGCUGGACUACAAUCCGGAAGGCCGGCUCACUCCUCUGCAAGCAUGCGCUCACAACUUCUUCGACGAACUCCGCCAGCCCGGGACCCGCCUCCCGAACGGCCGAGAACUGCCUCCACUGUUUGAAUUCACGCCGCAGGAACUGCAGAUCCAACCCGAACUGAACCGGAUCCUCAUCCCCUCGCACAUCGAACCCACUCGCCAGCCCUCUUCCGCCGAACAGCCCUCAGCGGAACAGCCGCAGUAA